AUGGACUUCAAGAUUGCAGGCGCACCAAAUGGAGUAACUGCAAUUCAGUUAGAUAUAAAACCUGCUGGAAUUCCUUUAGAUAUUAUUUGUGAGUGUUUAGAGCCUGCUCUUAAGGGUCGUCUUCAAAUCCUUGACCGCAUGGAGCAAAAGAUAAAUGCACCGCGUACUCAAGAUGACAUAAAUUCCCCUCCAUUAGCCACCUUGAAAUUCAGCAAUGAUGCCCUUCGUCGUUUGAUUGGGCCUAUGGGUGCUCUGAAGAGAAAAAUUGAAGAAGGAACAUGUGCACGGAUAUCUGUGAGUGAUGGCGCACUUACCAUAGUUGCUAAGAAUCAAUCUGUAAUGGAAAGAGUGCAAGAAAAGAUAGCACCAAACAUGUUCAACCCAGUUAAUUUCCAAGAUGUCGGAAAGGCCAAAAAUACUCAUUACCUCGUACUGUCCCCUCAUUUCUACAGCAUAUAUCUCACAAACAGGUUGACACUUCACUAUGUGGAACAUAUUGAUACCAAUGGAGGCAUUGAUGACUUGGAGGUUCUGACAAUUUAUCUUGAAGAAGAGGAAGAGGAAGAGAACUACAGAGCCAAACACAAGCCCAAAUCAGACCCCCGACAUGAUCACAUGGUCGUUUAUCUUUAG